GUUCAAUUUUACCAAAUGGUUAGGGUUUAGUUUUUAAGUUUCAGGUUGUGGGAUGCGACGAGGCAACAGAACAGGAUCAUAAAUUUCUCAGUUAUAGUAAAGGGGUUGGAAAUGGAGUAUUUGCCGGCGGCACCGCCAGCAACAGUGGCAAGGAUGAGAAAAUUUCAAAUUGCUAAGACGGAGAAUUUCGUACGUAGACCUUGGCCCCGUAUUCACCUGAAGAAAGGAAGCAAGGUCAAGCUUUCAUUGCGGUUGCAGCCACGAGUCUCUUCGGUUUGGGCAGAUAAUCCUUUCAAUUUCCCAUUUUUUCCACCCUUUUUGUUUUGUUUAAUUGCUCUUUUUUCCUUUAGAUUUUUGCAUUCUGCAUUCAAUUCACCCUGUUCUAGAUUAGUUAUAUCAGAUCUGUGAUGCGAUCAAGCAAUCUCUCUCUCUCUUUUUUUUUUCUUUUUCUGUGUUCAAAUUAAUUUACAAUCUUGGAUUUGGUAAGUCAGGGAAUUGAGGAAGGAUGUAAGUCUGGCAUUGUUUUUAAGUGCAUGAGUGUAGGUUCUGUGUUGAGUUUACAGUGAAAUGGGAAAACUAGAUAAUUUGUAUAAACUUCACCAAUCUCAGAAGCCAGGAAGCUAGGACCUUUUUUUUUUUUUUCUAAAGGGCCAUAACCUGUUGCUAUGUUCUAUUGAGUUUGAUUUUGUACUCUUGAUAAAGUUGUUAAUAGAUUAACAUGAUAAGUUUGAAGUUGUAACUUUGUUUUGAUUUCUUCUUUAUGGGGGCGCGAAACUUCUUAGUUUAAAAGCCAUGUGUCUUGUGUGAUUCAUUCUAUCAUUAGGUGUCACCAUAAGAAUGCAGCUUAUACAUUAAGGUAAUAAUUGUCGAAAAAUAUUUCCUCUUACCGUGUUGGUAAUAUUGUAGAAGGGAUUUUUCUCUUCUAGGAAGAGAGGGUAUCAAGAACUUGAUUUUUAUAAAGUAACAAAUUGCCAAUGAUGAAUUAAAGAUUACAUCCAAUGUUGGGUGAGGUGAGAAAGAAUAGGGUUAAAAAGGGUUGAAGGGAGAAGCAUUUUUCUUUUGUAUCAAGCAUUUUGCCUUAAUCAGGUACAAGUGAUGCUGGAAUAAAAAGAAGAAGAAGAAGAAGAAGAAGAUGAUGAUGAUGAUGAUGAUGCUUUUACUUAGAAAAAGUUAGAAGUUGUACUUGAUAUGGUAUUUCAAUUUUUCUAUUAUUGUCUUGUAAUCUUCUUGUAUCUUGUUCAUUAAUGCAUUUUCCUGAUAAAUUGCCUUAAAUCAGAAACCAAAGGACGUUCUGCCCAAAAAAGAGUGCACCCACAGGAAGCAAGGUCAGUAUUAAAAUUGAUCAUGUUAC